AUGUCCUCCCCGGUGUCCAGGCGGAACAGUUACCGCGGGAAUCAGUGCGGAAGCCGGCGCCGCACCUCCAGCUGUUCCUACUUCCCAUCUGGAGCCCAGAGCGAGGACUUGUCAGUCAGUCUCAGUCAGCCACUGCCGACCAUCACCUUGCGCUUUCUGCUGGCCAUCGACCUGUGGCUGUCCAAGCGGCUGGGAGUGUGCGCCUGUGAGGAGGCUCCGUGGGGCGGGAUCAGACCCCUGGUUCGACUGGUGGAGCUGUCCGGACAUGUCGUGCCGUGGCUCAUCGGAGCGGUGUACACGCUGCUGAGAGGAGAGACCGUGGCGGAGCAGGAGGCCAUGCUGAACCUGGCUCUGGCUCUCCUCUUGGACCUGCUUCUGGUCCGAGUUGUAAAGACCCUAGUGAGGCGUAGAAGACCGGCUCAGAACCGCUCGGAUAUCUUCUCCACCUUCUUUGAGGAGCGCUACUCCUUCCCUUCAGGCUACGCCACAAGGGCGGCGAUGUGCGCCCGCUUCCUCCUGGCCAAGCUGGCUGACACUACAGCCAUGAAGGUCCUGGUGGUUGGAUGGGCCGGGUUGGUGAGCCUCUCACGGUUGCUACUAGCUCGACACUAUGUGACUGACGUGGGCUUCGGCUUGGUGAUGGGCUACUGCCAGUAUGGGCUGAUGGAGAAGAUGUGGGUGACCUGGGACUGCCUGCAGGACCUGCUUCUCCUAAGGCUGCAGGAGCGACUCAACAGGGUUUAUGGUGGACUGUGGAUGGCUGAGUGGAAACUUUAGUGCACCAAAGUCAGACGUGCUGUGGAAGUCACAGUUGAAACAUAUUGGUUUCCAGAGUCUGAGUGGAGCUCUAUACAGCUCCUCGUGGCUCAUUCAUAAGCUGGUUGCUACCACUUCAGUCACGACUGCCAGAGCGCCAAUGUUUCCAAGUGAAAUGGAAGUAAAUGCUCUGUGGCCAAUGUAAGAGACACUUCAAUGUUUAAUAUAAAUGGGUUAUAAUGUACAUUUUUAUUAGCAAGUGGUUUCCAUACAGUGUUUUAGGUCACAUGUUUGUGAGGCUAUAUGUAUAUACUGUAAUACCACUGUUAUAAAUGUCGGUGAUUGACUGCUCAAAUGACAGGAAAUUAAUUUUAAGACCACUACGUGUGUUGCAAUCCAACUUCACAUUGAAAAUGAAUGAAGUAUUUUUGUAUUUGUUGCGUGUCUUGCUAUUGCUUGUGAGAAUUUUUAUACUGUAUUAGCCACAUAUAAU